GUUGCUGGAUAUAAGAGAAGUUACCAGUCGGAGUUUCAAUUAGUGUCAUUGCAGUAUAGCUGAGCGCUUUAUACAAGUUAUACGCUCUCAUUAACCAACCAAAAAAAUGAACAAAUUGUCGUCCAUUCUUUUCGCCUUUGCUGCCCUCCAAUGUUCGUCCCUUGUCAACGCUGACAUCAAUUUAGGGGUCAGUGAUUUCCAGUGUCCACCAGGCCACAGUAUCUAUCCUCAUCCUCAACAAUGUGAGCUCUACUACACCUGCUACAACACAGAGCCGACUUAUCUGUGGCAGUGCAGAUCCAACUUGUUAUUUGACCUCGUCUACGACGGAUGCAAUUGGCCAGAACAGACCUACUGCGGAAAUCGUACUCGCCCGGACCAAAGUAUGGAAACAACUACGAAUAUUCAGUCAUCUGUACCCACGGUAGCCACACCUAAUAGCCCUAAGCCAAUCACAUGCCCCGAUGAUGGAUUUUAUCCAGCCUAUACCGAUAGCUGCAAUCCAGUUUUCUACACUUGCCUCGAUGGCUAUCCUUUUUCUACUAACUGCCCCUCCUACGGUGUUUUCGAGCCGGUGGCUAAGAAAUGCGUUUCGCCGAACAAUUCUGCCUGUCAAACCGCAACACCAACAUCUGGGACUAACCCGACAGUCAAAUCAACAACCCAGGGUGUUACAGUCACAUCGUGGUCAACCACCUCACCUGCGACUCCCCCUAAAACGACAACUGCCAAUACGACAACGGCCCAGACGACCCCACCCAAAACGACAACGACUGCUGGCGGCCAAUUCGUGUGUCCGGGAAGCGGCAACUAUCCAGAUCCUUCUUCGUGUUCACAUUACUACACUUGUGACAAUGGAAACGCCUACCAUUUCGCUUGUCCGUCUGGUCUGGUUUUCAAUUCGGUAACCGGCGUUUGCGACUGGCCUAGCAGUGUUCCCGGUUGCAGUGGCAAAUAAGGACGAUAUGCUCUUAAUAAAUCAAUAAUUUGAUGCUCAUCCGGCAGAUGGGCCAUUGCCUUAAGCUGGUGAGAUUGUCCAUCUUCCAGAAGUAUGAUUCAAUCUGUCUAUAUGCCUGCAUUGAUUUUACAGUGAUACAUUUAAAGCUUAAUAUGUGA